AUGGCCGUGAGUCGUGCCGAGGCCGGCGAGGUUGCAGCGCCGUAUCUUGUCUUGCGGCAGCUCGCAAAAGAUGUCAAUGUCCGGCUCGCGAGUCCACUUGCGCUGGAUUCGGCACGCGCGGUGAAGUUGUUCGCCGUCGCCAAUUCGCACGGAUCGGCGUUUGUCGCGACGCCGCAGGGAAUCGACGUAUACAAACUCCAGAGUCUGCGUGAGACGUUCAAGGCGGAGCGUAAUGCGUGCCCACAGGCACAGCCUGCGUCCUCGCUCUCGACCGAGGCCUAUGGCGCCCCGGUCCAAUUCCUCGCCGUCGCCGACGCAGAGGCACGCCUCGUAUGUGGGCUGACGAACGGCACGGUGCUCGUAUAUGAAAUUGCAUCCAUGCAUAGCGCGCCGCGCCAGGUCGCGCCGCCGCAGCCCAACACGGCACUCACCUCGCUGAAACCGAACCCGGGCGAACGCGGCGAGCUGUGCUUGGCCGUGUACGCUGCGAGCACUGAGGGGGGGAGCGCAUACGUGCUCGACAUACGUGCUGGCGAGUGGCGCGCAUCGCUGCCCGAGGCCAACGUUACCGCCGCCGACUGGUCGGCCAAGGGCAAGCAGCUCGUGCUUGGCCUGCGCUCGGGCGAAAUCGCACAGCUCACGCCAGAGGGCGAGGCCAAGGCACGUCUCGCUGCACCCCCAGAGGCGGGUCGCCCGCUGUAUGUCGAGGACGUGCUGUGGCUCGAGAACCAUGUCUUUCUCGUCACGUACAACACGGUCUCGGACGAGCUCACGCACGAAUACGAUGUCUAUGUCGUCCUCCGCGAUGCCAAGGCACAGUCGUGCACCUACGCCCAGUUUCCGCUGGACGUUGCACCGCCGUUUGGUGACACAAGCCGGCGCGGCACACGGUAUCUGGCCGCGCUGCGCGCGUGGGACAAGGAAAAGCACCUCGUGUUUAUAGCGAGCGGGCCCAGCACCGAUGUCGGUGUGAUUGAGUGCAAGGCCGAUGCGGCGGGCGUCGCGGCAUGGAACGUGCUCGAGCUCGAGGACACGUCGCGCCCGGCACUGCCGUUUUCGUCCGUGGACGAAUCGUCGGACACGUCGCCCGUCGCCCUCGCCCUCGACUUGACGGCGACCGAACCGAUUGCCGAUCCGAACGCGGCCGCAAAGGGCGAGGACCCGGCCGCAACGCUUCCCGCGACGCCGAUUCUCUUGGUCUACACGAGCGAUGGUGUCCUGCUUGCCUACAAUGUGAUCAAUGCAGAUGCAAAGGAUGCUUAUCCUGGCAUGGUCCACGCAACGCAAGGUGCGGCGCAGGGCCAGGCACCGCCGCCGCCAUCGAGCGCCACUGCGUUUGGGUCGACUUCGACACCGAGCGCGGCCGCGUUCGGAUCGACGUCCACGCCGAAUGCACCUGCGUUUGGUUCGACGUCCACGCCGAGCGCCUCUGCAUUUGGAUCGACAUCUACCCCUAGUGCCCCGGCUUUUGGAUCGACUUCUACGCCGGGCGCCCCGGCUUUUGGAUCCACUUCGGGCCCGUCCGCCUUUGGCAAACCCGCGUUUGGCCAGACGGCGUCGGGCGGAGGAUUCGGUGCUUUUGGCGGUGCAAAGUCGGCAUUUGGAUCGUCGUCCGGAUCGGCCUUUGGGGCGGCCGGCAACACGAACUCUGCUCCCGCUUUUGGAAGCACGUCGACGCCUUCUGCAUUCGGAAGCACAGCGUCCCCCUCGGCAUUUGGAAGUGCUUCGGGUACCUCGGCAUUUGGCUCGCCAGCUUUUGGCCAGUCGUCGGGCUUUGGCGCGGCAGCGUCCAAGCCUUCAGCGUUCGGUACGACCGCGACCCCUGCCUUUGGCCAGUCGUCGGCGUUUGACAAGCCUUCGACUCCGGGCUCGACUGGUACGAAUUCCGCAUUCAGCUCGAUGGCCGGUAAGCCGACGGGCUUCGGCGCCGUGAGCAGCUCCAACAGCGGCUCCGUCUUUGGCUCGGGCGGCGCGUUCGACAAGGGCAAGCCUGCAUUCGAGGGUGCGACCCCUGCGCCCAAACCCGAGCCAGAGUCGGGUAUGGAAGCAGAGCCUAUCGACGACGGAAACAAGGGUGCCUUCUCGUUCGGCUCGAUGAACGAUAUGAUGGAUACCAAGCCGGCGCAGGAAAGCACGCCGACUCCCAAUACCCCUUCGGCACCUGAGUCUCGUACGACUCCUGCCUCGACGCCGUCUGCGUUUGGGUUUGCCGCAAGUCAGCCGAAGCCUUCGGCUGGGUUCUCGUUCGGCCAGUCCGCGCCCAAGGCACCAGAGCCGGUGACGCCGACCAAAGCGCGUGAGCAAAAGCAGGCCCCUGCAUUUUCAUUUGCUAAUCCCGAAGAGAAGAAAGACCGGCCUGCAUUUUCGUUUGCCAAGCCAGACGAGAAGGAGGAAAAGAAGGACGCAGCAGCCUUUUCGUUCGCAAAGCCAGAGGAAAAGAAAGACGCGCCUGCUUUUUCUUUUGCCAAGCCCGAGGAGAAGAAGGGCGCGCCCUCCUUCUCGUUUGCCAAGCCAGAUGAGAAGAAAGACGAAAAGAAGGACGCUCCUGCUUUCUCUUUCGCCAAGCCCGAGGCUCAGAAAGACGAAAAGGAAGAAAAGAAGGAUGCACCUGCCUUUUCCUUCUCCAAGCCUGAAGAAAAGCAGGAUGAAAAGAAGGAAGAGAAGAAGGACACUCCUGCUUUCUCCUUUGCGAAACCCGACACGCAGAAAGAUGACAAGGAGGCUAAGGAGGACGCGCUCCCUGCUUUGUCUGCUAAGCCUGCGGAGAAGGGAGAGGAGGAGAAGGAUGCCAAAGAUGGCCCUGCAUUCUCCUUUUCCAAGCCAGAGGAGAAAAAGGAAGACAACAAGGAUGCUCCCGCAUUCUCCUUCUCCAAACCUGAAAAGAAGCAGGACGAGAAAAAAGAGGACAAGAAGGAUGCUCCUGCCUUCUCGUUCGCUAAGCCCGAAGAGAAAAAGGAAGAGAAUAAAAACACCCCUUCAUUUUCCUUUGCGAAGCCCGAGACCAAGGACGAGAAGAAGGAAGAGAAAAAGGGUACACCUUCCUUCUCCUUUGCGAAGCCGGAGGAAAAGAAGGAUGCGCCAGCUUUCUCAUUCGCCAAACCUGACGAUGGGAAUGAUAACAAGAAGGAUACCGCCGCUUUCUCGUUUGCAAAACCUGGAGAAAAGAGCACGACGACCCCGUCCAAGCCUGAGGGAAAGAAGGACGAGGAAAAGGACGCUCCUUCCUUUUCCUUCGCCAAGCCUGAGGAUAAGAAGGAGGAACAGAAGAGUGCUCCUGCAUUCUCUUUCUCAAAUCCAGAGAAGGAAGAGAAGAAAGACGACACUACUGUGUCGCAGCCUGAGGACAAGAAAGACGCCCCUGCUUUUUCUGUUGCCAAGCCGGAGGAAAAGAGCGAAGAGGGGAAUGCCACUGCCUUUUCUUUCACCAAGUCUGACGGCAAGAAGGACGAGACGAAGGAUGCACCCACCUUCUCCUUUGCCAAGCCAGAGGAAAAGAAAGAGGACAAGAAGGACGCACCCACCUUCUCCUUUGCCAAUCCUGAGGAAAAGAAAGAGGACAAGAAGGACGCACCCACCUUCUCUUUUGCCAAGCCUGAGGAAAAGAAAGAGGACAAGAAGGACGCACCCACCUUCUCUUUUGCCAAGCCUGAGGAAAAGAAAGAAGAAAUUAAACCUGCCCCUGCUUUCUCGUUCGCGAAACCUGACGAGAAGAAAGGCGAUUCUAAGACGGCCCUUGCUUUCUCUUUCGCCAGGCCUGAGGACAAGAAGGGUGAGACACAUGGUGGCUCUGCCUUCUCUUUCGCCAAGCCUGACGAGAAGAAGGAUGCACCUGCCUUCUCGUUUGCCAAAUCUGACGAGAAGAAUGGGGAGCAGAAGAGCGCUCCGGCCUUUUCCUUUGCCAAGUCUGAGAAAAAGAAAGAUGCUCCUCCCACUUUCUUCAGCAAGCCUGACGAGAAAAAGGAGGAACCCAGGGCGUCUCCUGCGUUCUCGUUUGCUAAGCCAGAAGAAAAGAAGGACGCCCCCGCCUUUUCCUUUGCCAAGUCGGAGCCCAAGGAGGCUGACAAGGCCAAGAGUGCCCCUGCUUUCUCGUUUGCCUCGCAAGACAAGCCGAAAGAGUCUCCUGCCGCCAAACCAGUUGAAAGCAACGAGAUGGAAAAGCAGAGCGGGGACAAGCCGAGGGAUGCGUCCUUCUUCGCCAAGAGCGAACCGGCGAGCGCCAUUGCGCCCAAAGAAAAGUCGCCUGAAGCGCCUGCUAAGCUCGAUGGUGUGCCUUUGCAAGACAUCAAGGUGCCCAGGGUCCACCUGUCCUCUCUUCCUGCGCCGUCGGUACCGGCAGAGGAAGGCGAAUUGCAGCGUGAGUUUGCCAAGAUCUACCUCGGCCUGAAUGCGGAGCUGGAUGCGCUCAAGAGCCAGGCGAAAGAGACCGCGGCUUUCUACGACAAACUGCGUACGCCCUCGGCCCCUACAAAGCAUACGGCGGAUCUGGACUCACCAACGUGGACGAUGGGUGACCUGUCGUCUCUUACGCCAGUUGCACAGCAAUUGAGCGCCGAUAUUGCCAAGGUUGAUCGUGCAUUUGCAGAGAACCAGCAGCGUGUUGCGGGCCUGCAAAGUGUGCAGCUCAAGGCCGAGAUCAAGCGUGACGAAACCACGCGAUUCUUGCGCGCUCGUAAGGAUCCCUCCUUUGCGAAGCUGGUGCGUGUUCGCCACCUCGGCCCCGAACAUGUCGAGAACCAGCAGCGCCUGCGCCGUUCUACGCACCUUGUGCGUGAGCGUAUGCAGGAACUGGACGAACACCUGCAGACCAUCAAGACUGCCAUUGCCAACGACAAGGCCGGUCGGCAGCCUAUGCAUGCGCCGUCGCUUGACUCGGUGUAUCGCUCUGCGGAUCAUAUCACGACGCUGGCCGCGCGCCGUCUCGCUGAGCUCGAUCGUCUGAACGCAGAGCUGAAUGAGCUGCGCCCUAGCGCGGCCCCUGAAAUUGUUCGCGAGCCGAGUGUGCCGCUGACGCCCCGCAAGACGAGCGGCGCUCUGGACUCGAUCGGCGCCUUGCACAAUACCCUGCCUGCUGUCUCGAACGCGGCCGAUGUGCAGGCCGAGCGGGACGCACAGCGUGCGGCGAUGCAGACGCUUUUCACGAUGCGCGAUACGCCACUCGUGACGAAUGCCACCAUGGAAGCGAGUCUUCCUGCCGACGCCAAGGUUAGCUUGCCGGUGACAAGGCCCAUUGCGCUGCGAGGCGUUGUGCGCUCCAAACGCCCGCCGGCACCGAAACCGGCGCCAUGCGAAGUGCCCGAGUCGGCCGCCAUGCCUACGGAGGAGAAAAAAGAGGCGCCUGUCGACUUUUUCGCGACAUCGACACCGUCGGGUGUGAGUACGCCCAUGCCCGCUACGACAACGCCCGUGCGCUCCCCUUCGUUCUUCUCGAGCUUGACGAGCAACAAGCAGGCUCUGCACUCGUCGCAUGUGCCUGCACAAUAUACCACGUUCGAGGGACUCGUGCCGCCGCGCCGUAUCUCGCCGCCGACCGAUCUGACGUUGGACGAGUUUGUCGCCCAGGAUGGAGAGGACGACGACGACGACGACGACGAUUAUGACGACUACGACGACGACUACGGUGAGGACGAAGACGAGGAUGAGGACGAGGAGGCGUACGAAGACGAGGACGAUGAAGACGUCGAUUAG